AUGCUUAGCGACCGAGCCAAGGGAAAGCAGCGAGCAGUAGACCCUCUCCCGCAUGUAACAGACGACGCAGAAUGCCAGGAUUCUUCCAACGGCUUUCCCGAUGCGGAGUCACGGAAUCUUGUCAUACGCUUCACAGAGGGCACACCAGACCUUACUGUGCGUAUAGACAAAUUGGACUCCGUGCUGGAUGUAAAACAACGUAUUCGACAAAUGCGGCCUGACCUCCAGAAGAACCGACUGAGGCUAAUUCAUUCUGGUCGUCUGCUUCCCGACUCUACUUUUGUAUAUGCAUGGCUAGCCUCUCUAGACGAACGACAGCAACGGACCAAUAAAGACGAUCAAGAACCUAUUGCCGGCGGGGAUACGGACACGAUGAGGGGGGAUGCGUCCACUGCUUGGAUACACUGCUCCGUCGGUCCUGUUAUUGAGCGCGGGGUAGAGGAGGAUGUACAGACUUCACAAAUACAGCCUGUACGUGGAUUUGAUAGGCUGGCCUCGGUUGGGUUUUCUGCAGCAGAAAUAGCGACUAUAAGAGAGCAAUUUCAUAACCAAUCAAUCUCUAACUAUCUGGACACCGAUUUUGCAACACAGGAAGAAUAUGACGAGCAUGCCCGUAUUUUGGAGGAGCAAUGGAUGGAAAACUCCACCCCAUCAGGGCCAUUAGGCCUAGGUGACUUUUCAUUGCUUCAAGGUGUCCUGACUGGGUUCUUCUUUCCUUUCCUUCCCUUUUUCUUCUGGGGUACAGAGAAACCUGCGGCAUUCUGGGAGGAUGGAACUGAACAAGAGCCGACCUCCAAUACUAUUAUUUCAACCCAAAUGUCGAUGGCAAUCGUUAUCGGUUUUUGCGCCAACAUACUCUUUGGCAUAUGGUUUUAUCUGCUUGAAUCAUAA